UGCAGGGAACCGCCCCGAGCUGCUUUCACACGCCUCGGGCACGGGCAGACUCCCACCUCAGGCCCGGCAGCGUCCAGGUCUCCAGAACCCCCCGAAUCCCCUGCAGGCUGCGGCCCCGCCAUGUUCGGCUCCUCCCGGGGCGGGGUCCGAGGGGGCCAGGACCAGUUCAGCUGGGAGGAUGUCAAGACAGACAAACAGCGUGAGAAUUACCUGGGGAACUCCCUGAUGGCGCCGGUGGGGCGGUGGCAGAAGGGCAAGGACCUGACCUGGUAUGCCAAGGGCAAGAAGGACACGGGGCCGCCGUUAUCCCGGGAGGAGGAGCUGGCUGCAGUCCGCCUGGCCGAGCAGGAGGCCAUGAUGGCAGCGCUGGGCUACAAGAGCUUGAAGAGGCAGCCCACGGGCCUCAGCAAAGAGGACCUGGCUGAGGUGUGCAAGAGGGACGGCGAGCGGGACGAGAAGGACGUGGAUCGGGUGGUGGGGCUGGGCAGCUCCAGUGGCAGUGCUGGCAGGGUGAUGCUCUCCAAGGAGGACAGAGAGGCUGCCAAGAUGGGGCUCUCGGUCUUCACGCACCAGAGAGUCUCCAGCAGCCCAGAGACAUCUGUCUCCAAGAAGAAGCAGGAAAAGGAGGAGAAGGUGGAGGAGAAACGACCUGAGAGCAGCAAAAAAUCCAAAAAGGAGAAGAAGAAGGAGAAAAAGAACAAGAAAAAGAAGAAACACAAGAAGGAGAAGAAGAAGGACAAGGAGAAACAUUCCAAGAAGGAUGCUGCCCCAUCAUCCUCGGAUUCUUCCCCGGAUCGGGAUAAGAGGCACCACCGCAGGAAAUCGCCGCAGCACGGCCGGCGGCGGCAGCGCACGGAAUCCGGCACGGGAUCCUCGAGCAGCGGCAGCGAGCGGAGCCGCAGCCGGAGCCGGAGCAGGGACGGCCGCGGCCGCCCCCCGUCCCCGCGGAGGAAGGGCAGGAGGAGGAGCAGCACCCGCUCCCCCCCGGCCCGCGGGCUCCGGCAGCGCCACGACACCGACUCGGAGGGCUGAGAGCGAGCCUGGGGCUCUUGCAGGGACAUCUUGCAGAGAUUUCUAUUUUUGAAGGGAUGAAAUUAAAAAGGCUGCAGCCCCGCGGGUGCCGGGGCAGUGGCAAAGGGCAUUAAGGGUGUGGUGCCGGCAGCCCCUUCCCGGCCCGCCCAGGGGCAGCAGGGCCUGGGCACCCUUCUCUCACUCCUAAAAUCCAUCCAGCAGGAUUGAGGGUGCUGUGGGUCAGGGCUGCUGCUGGGGUGGUGCUGAAAAUGCUGUGGAUACCUCGUUUAUGGAUAGAGAUUUCUGAAGAGAUUAUUAUUAUUAUUAUUAUAAAUAUUAUUGUUAUUAUGA